AUGUCAUCAGGAGUCAAGGUCGCAGUGAGGGUCAGACCCUUCAAUGGAAGGGAGAUGGACAGGAAUGCCGAAUGCAUUGUCAAGAUGAAUGGAAAUAAGACAGUGUUGAUUAGACCAUCAAACUUGCGUGCCAAUCCAAAUGCACCUCCAACGGCAGAGGAUGAGAAGUCAUUCACAUUCGAUCAUUCUUAUUGGUCAUUCGACAAUGCAGAUCCAAACUAUGCAACCCAAGGCAUAGUCUUUGAUGACCUAGGUCGCGAAGUCCUUCAAAAUGCCUGGGAAGGCUACAACAGUUCAAUCUUUGCUUAUGGACAGACUGGCUCUGGUAAAUCAUACUCUAUGCUUGGUUAUGGCGAAGAGAAGGGAAUCAUUCCAUUGGUAUGCGAGGAGAUGUUCAAUCGAAUUGGCAACACACAAUCAACGCCAACUGAGCAGACUGUGUUCAAGGUGGAGGUCAGCUUCAUGGAGAUAUAUAACGAGCGAGUCAAAGAUCUCCUCAACCCAAAGAACAACAAACCAGGUGGCCUCAAGGUCAGGAACAACCCAACAACAGGUCCAUACGUCGAGGAUCUUUCAAAGCUGGCAGUCAAGAGCUUCCAAGAGAUUGAGAUGCUGAUGGAUGAAGGAAGCAAGGCACGUACAGUGGCCUCAACAAAUAUGAAUGCUACUUCAUCUAGAUCACACGCUGUGUUCACGAUUGUGUUUACACAGACAAAGAUCGAUAGGAUUAGAGGCGUGGCCGUGGACAGAGUCAGCAAAGUCAGUCUUGUCGAUUUGGCAGGUAGUGAGCGUGCAGCGAGCACAGGCGCCACAGGCAUGCGUCUCAAGGAGGGUGCCAACAUCAACAAGUCGCUGUCGACGCUGGGCAAGGUCAUAAGUGCGCUGGCCGAGAACUCGUCCAACCCACACAAGAAGCCGACGUUUGUGCCGUUCCGUGACUCGGUGCUGACCUAUCUGCUCAAGGAGUCGCUCGGUGGCAAUUCCAAGACCAUCAUGAUUGCCGCGAUCAGUCCUGCUGACAUCAACUACGACGAGACACUGAGCACACUGCGUUAUGCAGACAGCGCCAAGAAGAUCAAGACCACAGCCACCAUCAAUGAGGAUGCUCAAUCCAAAGUUAUCCGUGAGCUUCAAACCGAGGUCGAGCGUCUAAAGGCUUUGUUGUCCGCUGGUGGGCUGACUGCCGUCGAUCAGGCCAAGCUCAUGGGUGUUGGAAGUGAUGAGGUAAUGAGUUUGAAUGAGAAGAUAGAGCAAUAUGAGAAGUUGAUGGCAGAGAUGAACAAGUCAUGGGAGGAGAGACUACAAGAGUCCGAGAAGAUUAGAGAGGAGAGGAUGUCAUCACUUAGGGACACUGGUGUAGCUAUCAAGGUCGUAUCAUCAAUUCCACAUUUGAUCAAUUUGAACGAUGAUCCAUUGAUGUCAGAGUCAUUGUUGUACUAUCUAAAGGAGGGAGAGACAAAGAUUGGAAGAUCGGAUGCAGAGGCAACACAGGACAUUGUUCUGAAUGGACUCGGCAUCGCCAAGGAGCACUGUAUCAUCGAGAGCAGGAAUGGCAUCGUCACGAUCAUCCCCGUGCUGGAAGAGACCAGGCCGCAUUCGAGCAUCUUUGUCAACGGUGUGGAGAUCAGCGCUCCCACCGUGCUGACGACGGGCAACCGCGUCAUCUUGGGCAACAACCACAUAUUCCGUUUCAACAACCCGGAAGAGGCCGCCAAGUUGGCCCGCGAGCGCGGUGCCACACAGCAGGGCAGCAAACAGAACAAGAGCGACCAGAUCAUCGACUACGACUUUGCUCUCAAUGAGCUGGCCUCGGUGCAGGGCAACCUGAGCAUGAACCGCCAGCUCGAUGAGAGUCGCGAGUUCCAGAAGCAGCUGAGUCAGCUGAGGACCCAGCUCGAGAUGGACUUUACGCCCGAGAAGCGUGAGCGACGUGACAACCUGGCCAUAUUGGCGCUGCGAAGAUGGCGCUCCAAGGUCUACAGAUCACGACUACUCAAUCAAAUCUCCCAUCUCAUCCUCUCUCUCAACGAAGCCAACGCCAUCUCUGACACCCUGACCAAGAACGUCGACUUCUCUCUCAAGUUGUCCGCCGUCUACCUACUACCAGAGCAACUCAACGCCACUGACGAGGUGGAAGUUGAUUGGAGAAUGACACAAAUCAGCAUCAAGGUGAUCAAGAAGGACACUGGCGAGGACACCAUCAUCUCUGUCGAGGACUUCAUUGACAGAGUGUACUCUAUGCGCGAGCUAUACCAAAACGAUGGCAAGCUCGACUCUGAACUAGGUGACCCAUUCAAGUUCAACUUUAACGAGUCGUCAUUGAUUGGUGUAUCACACGUGUACUUGAAGAACCUGUUGUACUUUAUCGAGAUCAAGAAGCCAAUACCUAUACUCGAUACAAAUGGAUCGUUGAAGGGAUUCCUCAACGUUGUAAUCACACCCAAGUCUGACGAGAUCACUCAGGAGGACCAACCAUCCCUCCUCGAAGAAGGCUCCUUUGCCUUGAUCGGCAAGCACAUGACCAUCACGGCUCAACUCACCUCCAUCAGCGACUUCAAAGACAAGUACGUCGAUGUCUAUUCAAAGUUCACCUUUAACUCUGAGAGUUACCAAAGCAAUGUAUCAACAACCAUUCAAUCAUUCAAGGAUGAGAAGAAGAUAUCGAUUCAGAAUGUCACUGAUGAGAUGGUCAACUUCUUUGAGACACAUUAUCUCGCCAUUGAGCUAUGGGGCAAGCGAACAAGUCAGCUGGACAAGUCGCUGGAGAUCCCAGAGUCCUUGAAGAAGCCUAUCAUCGAGUCGUACGACUUUAUGGCCUCGCUCAACAUCCUGGAACCUGAACAACCGGCUCCCGAUCAAUCUCCUGCCUUCAAGCCUGUACACAUACUGGAGGAGAGCGACACUGCCAACAACCUGCCUUCUGUGACCUUCCGCCUCAAGAAGCAGCUCACUCAUCGCCAGAUCGUGCUGAAGCUGUUCAACCCGGUCGGCGUCAACAUGCCCAUCACGAUCAAGGAGUGCAAGUCUGUCAAGAUCAGCAACCCCAGAGUGAUUGGCAAGCGCGAGGCACCAACAGGUGUCCUGCCGCUGCUGGGCUCGGGCACACCAUCUACCCCAUCGACUCCAGGCGGCGGCAGCCGCAACACAGCACCACCCUCGACGCCCAUCACACCAUUCUCAUCGUCGAGCUUCACCAACAACACGCCAUCAGGCACACCCGUCUCAUACAACACUGGCAGCAACGGAUCGGCCACCAACUUGUUUGGCACGCCAACCAGCGGCGCAUCGCUGGCAGGCCGCGUCACCGAUCCCAACUAUGCGGUCUACGAGCUGCCAGUCAUCGCGUCCAGUGAUGACACGAUCAUUGUGUCGUGGGACAACUCCGACCCGUCCUACCUACUCAAUCUCAAGACUCGCAAAGGUAGCAGGAUCAUCUUCAAGAUCACCUUUGUACUCAAUGUAUUGGACUUCCCCGGCGACAUCACACUGCAGAAGGACCUGUCGGUCAAGAUUCUCUCGUCAGACUCGUUCAUCACACUGCCCGAUAGCGCCAACACAUCGAUGAGCAACCUUCUCGACCGCUUCAAGACACACUUCAAGAGCGAGAGCAUCCUGCACGACAAGGAGUCAUCGAUGCUGCACUCUGGCUCCGUGUUCAACGUGCAUUGCACCAAGUCCCACCAGCUGGAGCAUCAGAACAAGAUUGGUGACAUGAUCGACCGUCAUCACGAGAACAUCUUCAAGCUGGGCUACGCCAUGCGCAUUGAGAAGCUGCGCCAGGAGCUCGACCUUCGCCAGAAGCUAUGCACCAUCCGCGACCGCAUGCCUUCCACCGAUGACGACGAGGGCGGCGAUCAUGUCGAUCGCAUCCUCGCCGAGGAGGUCGUACGCAAGAUCUCACAAAUGAACAACAUCACCACACCCGAGACAAGCAAGACGGGCGGUCAGCGCAAGGCGCUCACAACAACAGUGAUCGAUGUCAAGGUCAACGAGAUUAGUUCUGGUGCCUUGAUCAAGGAGGACGAGCUGCGUGGCUACCUCAAGAAGAAGUCCACAUACAAGGAUGAGUGGAAGCCUCGCUUCUUCGUGUGGAAGAAGCCCUUCCUUUACUACAGCCACAACGAGAAGGACUACGCACUCAAGAACAAGAAGAUCGAUUUGACCAACACGACCAUCGUCACCAUCCCUCAGGAGGAGCUGGCGUUUGGCUUUGCCAUCAUCCAGCUUCGCCGCGUGUGGCUGCUGCAGGCGUCGAGCAACGAGCAGCGCGAGAAGUGGCUGCAGAUCCUCGACCCAACCCGCAAGGUCAGCGAGCUCAAGGCCCAGGAGCUCAGCGACGCCAAGCAACAGAACGAGGUGCUCAAGCGCGAGAAUGAGCGAUUGGAUGCUGAGAACCGUCAGUUGAAGAGCAAGUACGACCAGAGCGAGCACAAGUCGCUGGUGCUGAACGGCCACGUCAAGGGCCUACAGGACUUCAACGACAACAAGCUGGUACAGAUCGAUGAUUUGACUUCGACCAUCGCCAACACCACACAUUUGAUGGACUUGAUCAGCGAGCAGUCGAGGAACUUCAAGAACGUCACGGACAUGGAGAUCGAUACAUUGCGCCAGGAGACGCUGUCGCUGCGCGACACCAAUUCUGUGAUCGCCCAGAAGCUGGCCGAGUACCGAGACAUGGUCGUGGCGUUGGAGAAUGAGAAGCGACAGAAGGACGACAAGCUGGAGUACUACAAACAGACAAUCGACACCAACAGCACCAUCACGGACUUCCAGAGCAGGAACCUGCAGAAGAUGCGCGACGAUACGCGUACCAAGCAGUCGCAGAUCGAAGCGCUCACACAGACUGUCGAGUCAUCGUCUCGUCGUCUCCAGGACAUCACCGACCAGAUGUCUCAGACCAGUCUGGAGGCUGAGUCUCAGAAGGACGAGCUGGCCCACAGGAACGACGAGAUCUCGCAGAUCAACAACGCCUAUCAGAGCGAGUCGGUUAAGCUCAAGGAUCAGACCAGCCAGCUCAACACCCUGUCCACACUGCUACGAUCACAGAUGAAGGCAUUCGAGAACACACAGGGCAUGCAGAAGGAGCACUCAGUCAACGAACAAAAGAAGCUGCUACUGCUGUUGCAGGACCUCGAGGGUGGCCUGUCCAAGGCCAGCCAGACAAUCACCGAGCAGGGCAAUCAGAACCUGACGCUGCGUCGCGAGCUUGACGAGGCCAGAUCCAAGGCCGGCAAGGGCGGCGAGAGCACAGCACAGCUAGAGACGCAACUCAAGCAGAUGAAGGAUCGUCUGAUCACCUCAGAGAACAAGCUGAUCGACAUGCAAUGCGACUACCAGAUGCUGAGCGACAAGCAAAAGAUGUGGGAGGAGGAGAUGAAGAUCAAGGAUGCCAAGCUGGGCCUGCUCGAGAACAAUGUCAAAGAGGUGCGAGCAGACUUUGAGAAUGGCAUGGCCGUGUCCCGAGAGUUCUCAAGCGCUGACACUAGCAAGAAGCUCACCAGUCGCAAGUCCAUGAAGAUGUCACCCGAGGAACUAAUGGAGAACAUGCGUGAGAGUUCAAUCGCUCAUCAGACCCACAAUGCCUUCCUUGGCCUACAAAUGCAACGAUUGGAGACAGAGAUGAGACAACAGGAAAAGGUGUACAAAGAUACGAUACAGAGAUUGAAGCAGGACCUACAGCAGCGAAACCAACAGAAUAUUACAUUGAUGAGACAACAAGGUGCCGACGAGGUGGUCAAGAAGAUGCAAGAUUCCAUGUCCAACUACGAGAUGCUCAAGAAGAAGUACUUUAUCAGUCUUGUCGUGGCGGCCAAGCUACAGAACGUGCUGAUGGGCAAUCCAGUCAACGUAGAUGCCUACGAUAUGUACGAUGAGGCCAUCAACGAACAUGUAUUGGAGGCUGAACAAUGGCCCAACUGGGUUGCCGAGAGGUUCAGAGCCAUUCCACAAACAAAUCCAUAA